AUGAAAUAUACCGGUGCAUUCUAUAAAGGACUUAGUUCCUUAGCGAAUAAAGCUAAAGUGUGGGACGCUAAAAUUACGGAAAAAUUAAGUUAUCUACCAGCUUUAUAUAAUUAUCUUGUUCGUCUUGAACAAUUAUUCGUGUCAGUGGAUAAAUAA